AAUAUCGAAAUGGUACUAUCCGAAAUUGGAUCGAGUACCAUCUCAGCCGUGGGGCAUUUCUUGCAGUCUAGCACCAGGGCCGGGUCAUUAGGCCGUCUCUCUCGCGCCCAUAUUAAUCUGGGGUAAGAAAGAUUGGACCGGCGGUACCGGUGAUGUAAUGGUGCUAAAUAUCGUGCGGAGGGGGCGGUUUAUUUUAGUGGUACUAUAUAUAAAAAAAUGGAUUGCCAAAAUUGGUAUCAUUGCGAAGUGUUUGUGAUUGGAACCAUUGGGAUCGAGAUGAAACAAUACAUACUUGUAGCCGCCCUUAUCGGCCUAGCUUCUUGUGGAAGAUUAGACCGCCAAUACGUCCCUUCAAAUGCCCAAGCAGGGUACCAACAAGGUGCCCAAGGAGGGUACCAACAAGGAGAUCAAGGAGGUGCGCCCAAUCAAUACCAAGGUGGUGGUGCGUCCAACUACCAAAGAUCCCCAAACGCAGACAUCCCAAUCUUGAAACUGGACCAACAAAACGAAGGUGACGGUAACUACCAGUACGCUUUCGAAACCGGUAACGGUAUCCAAGCUCAGCAACAAGGCAACGCCUACGAAGGCGCGGGUACUCAAUCCCAAGGUUCCUACUCGUACACCUCCCCUGAAGGUGAACAAAUCCAGAUCAGCUACCAAGCGGGCGAAAACGGUUUUAUCCCGCAAGGUUCUCACAUUCCUACCGCACCCCCAGUGCCGGAGGAAAUCCAGAAAGCUCUCGAACAGAAUUUGGCUGAUGAAGCUAGAGGUAUUGUUGAUGAUGGACAGUACAGGGCUGAGUAUGAUGGUGAACAUCAACAACAAGGUGGAUAUCAACAACAAAAGAACCAGUACCAAGGAGCUCAGAGCAAUCAGUACAUUCCUCCAAGUUCAGGACAGAGGCAAGGAGGUAGUGGCUACAAGUAUUAGAUUUUUAAAUUGUUUGUUUUGUUGAUAUUAAUGUAUAUUUUUAUUAAGUAAAUGUGAUAUGUGAUUGAA